UUCAAUAUCAAAAUGGCAUGAAUUUAUUCAAACCCUCUGAUUUCGUUUUCUUUUUCCCCCACUACUCUCUCUUAUUUUGCCCUUCUUGUCGAGCCAAGCAAGCUCCCUUUCCACUGGAUUUCCUUCUUCCAGAUUCUGGAUUCUGGUUAUAAUCAUGUUUUUGUCAAGAUUGGUUGGGAGGAGAUUCUUGGCUGCUGCAAAAUCAGAAUCAUCUGCUACCACUGGGGCUGCUACUUCUACAGCUAGGGCAGGAGGCAACCCUCUUGAGGAGUUCUUUGAGGCAGAUAGAAGCCAAGAUGAAGACAAGCCUGUUGUUUAUGGUCGAAGUUGGAAAGCUUCAGAACUGCGCUUGAAGUCCUGGGAAGACCUUCAUAAGCUUUGGUAUGUAUUAUUAAAGGAGAAAAACAUGUUGAUGACUCAACGGCAGAUGCUGCAUUCUCAAAACCUACGAUUCCCAAAUCCAGAGCGCAUUCCGAAGGUGAGGAAGUCAAUGUGCCGUAUAAAGCAUGUACUAACUGAGCGGGCAAUUGACGAGCCAGAUCCCAGGAGGUCUGCUGAAAUGAAGAGGAUGAUAAAUGCUUUAUGAUAUGUUCUAUGCUUGUCUUGGUUCCUAGGGCUACUGUUGUUGCUGGAUGUGAUACUUCAAAAUUUUGUAUGUUGGAAUUUCAUCCUUCUGGUAAUUUAUAAAACAUGUGUUUCUUCCACACUUAAAAGUUUUAUCAGUGGUUAGGAUCAACAAAUGAUUUUUGUAUCUGUAGACCUACUGUGUGUGUUGAACCAUUGUUAUCAAGUAAAUGAUAACAAGAAAGCAGUGAGCUGUUGAGCUUUCUAAUGUUACCUUGGGAACUUGUAAAUUAUAUCAAAAUAAGAUAUAAAUGAUGGGAUAUGGCAUUAUGGUGUCUGAGAAAGUGCCAUGACUAAAA